AUGAUGAUUAUUUAAGUUGCAAAAAUAUUGUUAAAAUUGAAUAUAUGGGAUCAACAUGUAAAUGUCCAUUAGGAUUAUUUUUUAAGGCAGCAACAAAUUCAUGCUUCUUAUGUUAUUCAUCAUGGUAAAACUUUUUUCAAGUAACUGUUGAUAGCUUUGUAAGUUGUGAAACAUCUUUAAAUAGAAUAUUAAAAGGAUUAUAAUGUGUAUGUGCAGUUGGUUAUUAUGAAUAUAAAUAGUAUAAGUAUAAGUAUUUAAAUUAUUAUUCUGUUACAGAAGAUAUUUUGUUAAGUACAUGUUAUAAAUUAUGUACUAAUAAUGAAUAAUUAUGGCAUAAUUCAUAUUCAAAGCUAGAUGAUUUGA